GAAAGCAGGUUGCCAAGACCCAGCUCCUGGGCAGCAGAGUGUUGGCUCAUCGGAUCGACCACCUGGAACCGGACACCCCGUACAGGGUCGGAAUUCGGGCUGUUUUUGGCCGGACUGAGGGGCCAGAGGUGACCCUGACCCACCACACAGCUCCUCCUGCAGAAUCCCAGCCCAUCCAGCCCAUCCAGGACCUGAGGGUCACCGACACUGCCGGGAGCAGCUUGAAGCUCUCCUGGAAGAGGCUUCCUGGGAUAACUCACUAUAAGAUAUCGUGGGGGCCAUCCAACGGUGGCUUGGAAUCCUCCCAGCUUGUUGGGGCAGAGGCAGCUUCCUUCACCAUCCCUGAGCUGAAGGAGGGCACCUCCUACACCAUCCAUGUGUCCGGAAUGAUCCGAGGGCGGGAGGGAACCCCCGUGGUCCUCACGGCCAAAACCUGUGAGUACGGGACCGUCGGAUCCAAGAUCCAAGAGAGUGGGAUCCAUGAAAUCCGUGUUGACACCGUUUCCAUCCUCGCCUCCUGA